AUGUCCGCCGUCAGUGGAGAGUCAUCCUCAUCAUUAGCUGCUGAUCAACAAGAACAGUACUAUAUCGAAAAAACAGAUUAUGGAGAGUUGAAGAUUACACCUAUUGAUAUAAAUUGUUUGGAGGCUUGUAUAAAUCAAGUGGCUGGACAUGGAACGAGAAAGAAAAAAAAGGAACUUUCAUUGAUGGUCAGGGAUUGUAAAAUAUACAAGGCAAUACAACCAGGAAAGAAGAGAUCGUGGUCAGAGGUUCAUUUCUAUGAGAAUCAAGUUAAAUUGGCAGCCUAUCUUCUUCCUUUCAUUCCGAAAUAUUAUGGAGUACAAAGAACUUUUGUACCUUUGGAAGAAGGAGAAAUACCUGAUAUUACAUCAAACAGCUCAGUGAUGGAUACUUUAUAUUUACAACAAGCAGGUGUUAGUACUAAUAGUGAUUUGAAUAGUCAAUCUUCAUCGGAAGUGUCUUCAUCAUCAGUGUCACCUGCCAAUACACCAACACUUCCUUCACAACAAACUUUCAAACCAAUCGAUUUUAUAGUAUUAGAGGAUAUUACAGCUAAUAUGGAUCAUCCAAAUGUGAUGGACAUUAAAAUGGGUCAAAGAACCUAUGGCGAAGAUGCCUCACCACAAAAGAUUUUGGAAGAAGAAUCCAAGUACGUCUAUCAACACCAACUAGGAAUGAGAAUUAGUGGAGCUAAAAUCUAUGACAUGUAA